CAUGAAACUUUUAAUAUUAAACACUUUUUUCUCACCGAUAUAGGCUUCGAAGGAAAAUCAAAAACGAAAAAAAAAGUUAGCUAUAAGAUUUUCCAGCGUGUUGAUGUUUUUUUUCGUGGAAUGAAAUAACCACUUAGUUUAUUCAAGUCGCACUGAUUGUGUACUGGCUUUGCCUUGAUGUAGAAUGCACAACGGAUUCACCAAUCUUUGAAAUCAUGAAUCGGUGAAAUGUUGAAAGAGUAAACAGUGGAGAUGUCAUCGCAUCAUCGGCAAGUGAGGAUAGAAAGCACAAGUGCAUCGGAUGAUCUUGAUUUCAAUGAUGUAACAUUUAUUGAUGUGGAGAGUAAACGCAUGCUUAACUCCAGAUACCGAUAUAGCGAAGGAUUAUCAAAUGGCUCCAGCCGAAAGUUAUCUAAACGACAAAAGGCUGUUCUGGUUUCAUUCAUUGCAAUAACUCUAGUUGUUGUCACUACUGUGACCAUUAUACUAACGCAAAAAAAAGAUUGGCUGACGUCGUCUACCAGAAUAACACGUGCUGAUAGAAAGUUCACGUUAGAUGAAGUAUUAAGUGGAAAAUACUCUUAUGAUUCUUACUCGACACAGUGGGUUUCAGAUCAGAAUUACCUACACAAUAAUGGGUUUGGAUCUUUACUACAAUAUAACAUGGAUACCAUGGACACAUCUGAAAUUUUAACACCUCUCGAAUUGUCACAAAGUCGUAUCGACAGAGUUAAGAAAAUCUCUCCUGACAAGAAAUGGUUUUUAUUCUCAAAUAACACUAAGUCUUUAUACAGACAUUCGUUUUAUGCUGACUAUUACGUUAAAGAUCUAAGUAAUGGAAAAAUUAAACGAAUCAAAACUCCAGAUGAUGAAUAUUCUGAGCAAAUUCGAUAUUGUGGAUGGUCUGAAAAAGACAAUGCACUUGUGCUGGUGUACAAAUGUAACAUAUAUUAUGCAGAGAAUGUUACUGAUGAUCGUAUGACGUAUUUUGAAAUUACAAAAGAUGGUGUUCCAAAGAAAAUAUUCAAUGGUGUACCUGACUGGGUGUAUGAAGAGGAGAUUAUUGCUUCGUCACAUGCGAUCGAGUUUUCUCCCGAUGGAAAGUACAUGGCUUACGUCACUUUCAAUGCCACGGAUGUUCCAUUUUAUAAAUUUCCCAUCUAUGGCUCUCCAUCUAAAUUAUACACAACUAUAGAAAAAAUUGCAUAUCCCAAGGCUGGCUAUCCAAACCCUACAAUAAAAGUUAACAUAAUUAACAUAGAAGAUGUAGUGGCACGAUCGAGUUCUACAGUAAGAGUAAGGUUACAGCCUCCAACACAGCUAAUGAAAGGUGAAUAUUACUACUCGGUGCUCCAAUGGAGUACAGACAACAAAGUUUUUGUUCAAUGGUUAAACAGAGCUCAAAAUGUGACAUACUGUAUGAUGUAUAGACCGACAGAGCCUGUGGGGACAGUCGUCGAGGAUCAUAAGACAACAAGUGGUUGGAUUGACGAUGAUUAUGUGAAACCACCGUUUGCUAAAGAUGGUAGCUACUAUAUCACCAUGUUACCAAAGAACAUCCCUGGAAAGGGAGAUUUUCGUCAUUUAGCCAAGGUCACCGUCAGUGCGACUGGCGGUACAACCACCUUUUUAACAAGCGGUGACUUCACAGUUCAAGACAUCAACUGCUUUGAUGCAGAUGAGGAAGUUGUUUAUUUCCGCAGCACUGAAUCUUCUCCGAAGUAUCGACAUGUUUACAGUUACAAUGUAACUACUAAAGAAAAGAAGUGUGUCACGUGCGGUUUAAUAAAAGAUUCCGACGGCACCGAUUGUACUUAUUAUUACCCUCAAUUUAGUAAACAAUGUUCGUGGGUGACACUCAUGUGUCAAGGACCUUUUGUACCCAUAACGAAUAUGUAUGGUGUAAAAAAUAAUCGAAGACUUAUUUUGACCAGUAAUAAUAACACUAAAGCAUCGUUAGCUGAGAAAGAUGUACCCAAAAAUAUAUACUACACAGUCAAAUCUGACGAUGGAAUUUACGACAUUCCCGUAAAGGAGACAAGACCGUUAAAUUUCGAUCGUAACAAAAAAUAUGCUGUGUUAUUUGAUGUAUAUGGCGGUCCAAACACGCAAAAGGUGUUGGAUAUGUUCGCUUUACAUUUCAAUGAAUACUUAAUAACUAAUUUUGAUAUCAUAACCAUAUCGAUAGAUGCUCGAGGUUCGGGUUACUAUGGAUACGAAUACUUGUAUGCUGUCUAUAGAAAACUUGGAUACUAUGAAUCCUUAGACGCAAUCGCAGUAGCAAAAUAUUUACAGAAACAAUCAUAUGUCGAUCCUGAAAGGAUAGCUAUUUGGGGAUGGUCAUAUGGUGGCUUCUACUCUGCAACAACGCUUGCUAUGGCUGGCGAUGUUAUCAAAACAGCUGUUGCUGUAGCGCCAGUCACUGACUGGAGAUAUUAUGAUACUGUGUAUAGUGAGAGGUAUAUGGGGUUACCCACUGAAGAGGAUAACUUAGCCGGUUAUGAAAGGACUGCUGUCAUGGCAAGAGCGAAAGAUUUUGCUGGAAAAAACUUUCUUCUUAUACAUGGAACUGCAGAUGAUAAUGUUCAUUUUCAAAAUUCAGCGCAAUUAGUAGCUGCACUUAUAAAAAACAAAAUCAAAUUUAGAUCUCAAUAUUAUCCAGAUCGAGACCAUAGCAUACAAAGUGGCGGCCAUAUUUACUACCUUAUUGCCGACUACUUACUUGCUCAUCUCAAAGCAGGAAAAGUUCCAGGACAAUAUUAUGGCUUUAACUUCUAAAAAAAGUUUUACACAGACAAAGACCACGGUAUCAACCCGAGAAAUCAUCUGUAUAUAACUUUCGCUGAAUAUCUCGAACAAAAACUGCGCUUAUCGUCAUCCUAAAUUACGUGUAUAAUUUUAUAACUAUUCAUUUUUUAUAUUGAUAAGGUACCAUACCUACCAAAAAAUUACUUUUCCUCGUACUCGUGAAGAAUUUUUUUCCCAACUUUGACUGCAACGGUUAUUCAAAAAGCAAAAUAUUUGAAACGGAAAAAGUGCGACAAAAUCGCGCGAAAAUCUAUUUCAAAAACCUUGAACCGCGAAAAAAUUUGAUUUGCACGUAUAGUAAAUGUUUAUUUUGUAAAUGUUAAUAAAUUUUUUAUUUAUUUGUGUGUUGGGUUCAGUUGCAUUACAUCUGUAUUUUAGUAAAAACAUGGAGGAGUCAUCUAAUAGCAGUACUGUACCGAAGAGAAUGUACAACUUGUAGCAGACCUAUUUGUCUAUAUUUUUUUAUAAAAUUAAAAGUAACGAAGUACUAGCGGUAGAUUUUUUAAUUUAUGUCAUAACUCGCAGUAAUUUUUUUUGGUAACCGUGUAUUUAGUUUUGAUAACACAGAAUAUGAACGGG